AUGUCGGUUGUGUUUAGAAAUGCCAACGGGUUGCUGUUGGACGCUUGUUCACUUGUCGAUCAGGGUGUCCAACUAUGUACUUCGGAGAGAAAAUCAGCCAGUGGAAAGUCGUAUUUUAAAUGUUGUUUUAAACAUGAGUGUUUUCAGAUUUUAAAGUCUCACGUUCGCGUUAAAGACUAUUGUACUGUGACCACAAACGACAGUGCCGUCUCGGACGCAGUGCUACAGAGGAGUGAGAAUAACACUUCAGUGGAUUGUAAACCGUCAAAGGUAAAUGGCGGGGGGGGGCUGUCUAUUUCUUUAUAUGUAUGUACGUCUCAAAUCAAAUAAGUGUCACAUGCGCCGAAUACAACAGGUGUAGACCUUACAGUGAAAUGCUUACUUACAAGCCCUUAACCAACAAUGCAGUUUUAAGAAAAAUAAGUGUUAAAGUAAUUACUAAAAUAAACUGAAGUAAAAAAUACAAAUAAUUAAAGAGCAACAAUAAAAUAAUUGUAAUGAGGCAAUAUACAGGGGAUACCGGUACAGCGUCAAUGUGCUGGGGCAAAGUUAAUUGAGGUAAUAUGUACAUGUUGGUAGAGGUAAAGUGACUAUGUAUAGAUAAUAAACAGAGAGGAGCAGGUCAAUGCAAAUACUCCGGGAAGCCAUUUGAUUAGCUGUUCAGGAGUCUUAUGGCCUGGGGGUAGAAGCUGUUAAGAAGCCUUUUGGUCCUAGACUUGGCUAGACAUGUCUGUCUGGAGAGUGAAGCUAACUUGCUGGCCUGCCAGGUAAUAUUGCCUUGAAACUCGUUUGCAGCAUUUGUUUUAACCACUGAUCUUUGAUUUAUUCAAUCCUACAGAAAAGAAAACGCAAUGAUCUGAACCAAGGAGAAAUUGAUUCACUGGCCUUCCACCACAAGGUAAUCUUAUUUGUUUACCAUUACUUAGUUUACCCAUUACCAUUACUCACAGACUUUUAAUUGUUGACCACUGCUUAUCAUUGUGUUAUGACCAGAUCAGGUUUGCCAUUUUGGAGGGGACCAAAUCCUUGGUGGAUGCUGGGCUCUCCUGUGGGUACCUGAGUGAGGCCAAAGAUGCUCAGGAGGAUCCCCUGCCUUCCCAGGAAUGUAACCUGGCAGCCUUGUGUGACAUGGCUAAAGAGCUCCCUCUAGUGAGUGAACAUGGAGAGGACCCAGUUCAGUUCAUUGGGUCUGAGGAUGGCUGCAGUACAACACACCUUGACCUGUUCACACGGAUCACAGAGAAUUGUAUGGACUGUGCCAUGGAGGUGACGCUGAUGGGAGAGAAUUACAUUAUCCCACCACGAUGUGCCUUCCUGCUCUCAGAUUUUGCCAGAAUGCAGCCCCUGGUUGGCUGUGAGUGUGUACAAAACCUGAUCAUGAUAAACAGCUUACUUUUGCUGAUGUAUGUUUUGUUAGUGCAGAAAUACAUUAUCUUUAUAAAUCAUUACAACUCUAAAAAUGUGUUGAGGAAUCGAGUGGCGAGAAGGCAAGGCUUCAGUGAACUAAAUAAGGAUCCUCUCUGCCUGUGUAGGCCUAUGUCUUAGAGCAGGGUUUCCCAAACUCGGUCCUGGGCCCCCCCGGGGUGAAUAAUUUUUCCCCCCCUAGCAUUACACAGCUGAUUCAAAUAAUCAAAGCUUAAUGAUGAGUUGAUUAUUUGAAUCAGCUGUGUAGUGCUAGGGCAAAAACCAAAACGUGCACCCAGAAGAGGCCCCAGGACGAGUUUGGGAAACCCUGUCUUAGAAAAUGGAUUAUUUUGCAGAUGGAAAGUUGUUCGACCUCAUUGUCCUGGAUCCUCCAUGGGAAAACAAGUCUGUCAAAAGGAGCGGCAGGUUAGCUUAAAUGGCAUUCUCUUUCAGUGUGAUUUUAUUCCAAGCAACAUCCACUGCAAUGUAUGACUCUGUGAACCUCCAAUUCUGUUUUGACCAUAUUGUGUAUUUCUCCUGUUGACCUCUAGGUAUAGCUUUCUGCCCUCCUCCCAGCUCAAACGGCUCCCUGUCCCCCUGCUGACCUCCACGGGCUGUGUGGUGGUCACCUGGGUGACCAACAGGCCCAGCCACCUGCGCUUUGUCAGGGAUGAGCUGUACCCACACUGGGGCGUGGAGGUGCUGGCAGAGUGGUUCUGGGUCAAGGUAGAACACAAAGGAACCUAGAAUUGAUCAAAGUCAUUAUUUAGUUUAAAUGACACUAAUAAAUGGUGGUGGUAAAAAGUGGUCAUGUUUCAUCUAGGACCUCUAACGUUGUUUGUUUCAGAAAUUAGCAAUAUAAUCUUUAUGAACAUUUGCAUACAUUUUCUCUGAUGUAUUGUCUGUGUUUUCUCCCUCAGGUCACCAGGUCAGGGGAAUAUGUGUUUCCACUGGACUCUCCACAUAAGAAGCCUUACGAGGUGUUGGUACUUGGUCGAUAUCGUGGGUGUGGACACCACUCACCCAGGUGUGACAAUGGAUUACAUUUUUCACAUGAAUUGCUUAAAGGCCUGGUGCAGUCAAAAAUGUGAUUUUAUAUAUACAGUAUUUCCACACUGAGGUUGGAAUAAUACGGUGAAAAUGAUAAUGCCCUUUUAGUGUAAGAGCUGUUUGAAAUUGCACUGAAAUUUCAGCCUGUUUUGGUGGGAUUGAGUUUUGUCCUGUCUGGUGACAUCACCAGGCGGUAAAUUAGUUAAUAGACCAAUAAGAAAGAGUUACAAACCUCUCUGCCAGUAACAGUUAGUUUUCAGUUUUCCCCUCCUCACUCAGAACACUCCCAGACAGUCUUAGCAAAAUUCUUGCUUGAGAAAUUGCUCUUUGCUAAGAAGCUAUUUUUGUUUAUUUUUGACCAUUUUAAUUAAAAACAAUCACUGUAAGGUACUUAAUUGUUACCCAGAAAUGAUUUAAUAUUGAGAGAAAAACAGCUGUAUUGGACCUUAAGUCUUCUGUGUAUUUUCUUUCAUUACUGGAACAUUUGAUCUCUUCCAAAACAUGAUGUGCUUUCUCCAUCUCCUUUACAGCUCUCUGAGGAAGACCGAGCUCCCUAUGGAGGAGCAGCGUGUGAUUGUCAGUGUCCCAUCAGCCCUACACUCCCAUAAACCUUCACUCUCAGGUCAGUAUUCCCAACACGUCCUGGUUCCACCAACACGUCAUAAGUAUGUCAGUGUCAUAAGAACGUAAUGUGGUAGACAAGUGCGUAGGAAUGAAUUAAUAAAGUUCCAGUAAUGAAAUUCAUAAUUGGAGAAAUAGUUCAACUGAACAGAGUUUCACCACUAGAGGGCAAUGCUGUGACAUAAGUGACCGCGAUUGCUGCGUUUUGACCUGGUUCUAACUAUCAGUGCUCUGUUCUGACUCUCCCUCACUCACUAAAAGCACAAGACAAUGCCUUGCUAUUAAACUGAAGGACAUGAGCUGCAGGGUCUGUGCUCUAACCUGUUCCAAUGGCUAAUUGUAAACACAGUUUGUCACGAUGUGCUGCAUUAUACACCCAUGAAUUGAAUUCACGCCCUGCGACAGUUUACAAAUGCCUGAUUGAAACUUAAAACACUUCUGUGGUGUGGUUGUCUGUACGGUCUGAUUUGCCUUUGAUUGUUAACGAGUCAAACCUUUGCUCUGAUCCAUACAAUGUUGUUUAGAAAGCAAUGAUGAGACCUUGAAGACAAUGAUUAUGUAGAGUCUAUGAAUGAGUGGGGCUUGACAUCAACUCUCUGCUUCUUCAGGGAAAGCGAUUUAUUGCGCUUUUUAUUUACUUGGGGAGGAAGAGGUUUGUCAGUGCCCUGUCAGCUGAAUAUACAAGAUGAUUCUGGGAAAGUGGCAUGAUAUUCUGAGAUUUAAAUUCAUUAUGACUACAUUGUAGAAGUCUUGCGCUUUAACUAUUGGGUUGAGAAUAUAUUAUGAGUCUAGUUACUCUUUGUUUCAUAGCUUUGUCUUUUCAUUGUUCAAAUAAAAUAAUUGAACACUAUCUUUGGCAAGAGUUGCAGCAAAACAGUGUGAUACUCAGGGAAAACCCAGACAUGCGUAGACCUGCUCCAUAGUAUAGCAGGAUAAAUAGUUUUUUCCCAGCCAUGAUUGAUAAGUCAACUGUCUAGUAUUUCACACUUGCCAAGUAACCAUCAUAAUUUGAGCCGCUGUCAUUCUGAAUUUUUGUGUUUUUAUAUAUCACUUUUUGGUGACGUCAUCCCCUUCUCAUCCCUGUCUCUGGCCUUCCAGCGAAUCCCCCUCCAACCCCUCUGAGUAGCAGGGAGGCUGUGGUGGGAGUGGGCGUGGUAGAACGCAGUGCUGCUGGGAUGAAAUGUCAGAGGAGCUGGUCCCGCAGAGAGGUGCCACGGCACAUUAAAAUAACCCAUGAUAAAGAGGCAUAGAACGGACCUUUUUUGAUCCUGAAAGGUUUUAUCGACCCGUUGGCAAAAAGGAACAUCCGGACGUGGGCAUUAAUGCUGAAUAUUCACUCUGUAGUACCCAGGGGCGGGAAAAGGAAUUAGGCUGCUGUCCUUUUCUCACACCCCCUCUGGUGGAUUCUUAUGCAACAGCUUGAAAUGGUGAAUAUCAACAGUGCCAAGUCUCUAAACCACCCCCCUCUAAAACACGAUGAAGUCCUCUUCCUCAGUCACUGUUACCACAGGGCAUUAUCCCUGUUAGGGGAUUGGAGCACUAGUGGUGUAUGCAGUCCAUGUGUUUGGAUGUGCCAGGUCUGGAGGCAGUGGCCAACUCCUUACCCCUGACCUCGGUAUGACAUCACAGCGGAUGUCCUAAACACAGAGGGCGGAGCGGAGAGUGACCCUGUGAUCCGAUAGCUCUCUACCCCCUCUCCCCCAGUGACAUCAGACGUGCGUGUGUGUGGCUGCAAUAGGGGCGCAGAGGGACACCAACGCUCUCUCUCCUCCGCAGAGAUCCAAACACAUCCUCGCCAGAUGGCCGAAACUACAGAAAAAAAGUGUUUAUGCUCCUCGGAGUGUGAAUAAUCUGUUUGCUUUUAAUUGCGGCUCCUAAAAACUUUGGUAAUUGGCUAAAGUUGAAUAUCAUCCUCCCAGCAUUGUAUUGUAAUCAGCGGCUAAUUGGCUGUGCCCUCCUCAUGCCCGCCCGAUGCACUGGCACCCAGCCAGCGUGUGUGAGAUUCUAAUUGACUGGUGAAAAGUUGUGUUACUGUUAAACUCAGAGCAGAACCUGAGAUAUUGGUGGGUGAUUUUAUAUUUGUCGUAUUUCACAUGUACAAGUGUGUGUGUGUGAUUCGGAAAAGUUUUUUUGCAUAUCCCAACUUGACCCUGGAGCAAUUAGGGUUAAGUGCCUUGCUCAAGGGCACACUGACACAUUUUUCAUCUUACCGGCUUCAACCACUAGGCUAGCUGCCGCCUUGGGGAGGUGAAAGGCAGGGAAAAUAACUUUACUCACUCACAGCUGGAGGGGCUGAGUAAGGUGAUAUAUGUACAGUAUUCCUACACACAUUUCCACCACUUUUAGCCAGUGGUGUAAAGUACAUAAGUAACAAUACUUUAAAGUACAACUUAAGUAGUUUUUGGGGGUAUCUGUACUUUACUAUUUAUAUUUUUGACAACUUUUGCUCUACUAUAUUCCUAAAGAAAAUAUGUACUUUUUACUCUUUAUACAUUUUCCCUGACACCCAAAAGUACUCGCUAUAUUUCGAAUGCUCAGGCAGGACAGCAAUAUGCUCCAAUUCACGCACCUAUCAAUAUAACGCGUUGUCAUUCCUACUGCCUCUGAUCUGGUGGACUCCCUAAACACAAAUACUGCGUUUGUAAAAAAAAUAAUCUGUGCCCGUCUGUUCCUAAAUACAAAAAAAGAAAUAAUCAUUGUGCCGUCUGGUUUGCGUAAUAUAAGGAAUUUGAUGUAUAGCUUUUACUCAAGUAUGACAAUUGAGUACUUUUUCCACCACUGUAGUUAAGUACAUUUAAAACCAGAUAUUUUUAGACUUUUACUCAAGUACUAUUUUACUGGAUGACUUUUACUUGAGUCGUUUUAUAUUAAGGUAUCUUUACUUUUACUCAAGUAUGACAAUUGAGUACAUUUUCCACCACUGCUUUUAGCAAACACUUUUAUCCAAACCGAUUUACAAUACAGUGAGAUAAUCAAUAUUUAUGUUCCCUGUGAGACUUGAUCUUGGCGUUGCUAGGGCCACGCACUUACCAUCUGAGCCACACAGGACCGCACACACUGCAGUUUAUUAUUUGUGAAUGUUUGUGGUUUUAUAACCUCCAUCGCUCAAAGUAUUCAUUUCCUGAGAUGCCUCACUUUCAAAAUGAAUGGGUUGCGAUCAGGUGGGGCAGUAGAACAGCGCUGUCAUCAAUACCCUUAACCUGGCUGUCCCAGGAUCAGUUUGACAGGGUGUGUCCCAAACGGCACCCUAUUGCUUAUUUAGUUCACUACUUUUGAUGAGUCCUGGUGUAAAGUAGUGCACUAAAAUAGGGAAUAGGAUGCCAUUUGGGAUUUACACAGAAUGUGCAGGGUCUAAACUCAAGGCAGCAGUACUGAGAUGACUGAGAGAAACAUCACAUAGAGCUACGUUGAGCCGCCUGGCAAGUCUCCUGCCUCUUGUGUCUUGCCUUGAGUUUUGAGAUAAUUAGACCUUUUAUUCCCUCUCCAAACUUUGAGAGCUGAGUCACCGAUCAGAGUGGUUCUUCUGUGUUAGUCUGUGAGGUUUUCAUUUUUGGCCUCCCCCCCCCAACGUCUUUCUGACGUGUUUCGUAAGAGAGUGUGUAGGCUGGGCAGGUUUAGGGGGAUUGAGGAGGGGGGUGGACGGGGGCUUAGACUCUGGGGUUUUGGCGCUCAUUAACCCGCCUAGUGUAGGGUGAGUGGCAUGUGUGAGCGGGGCGUGAGCACGCAUGUGAAUGAGCAGACAGCCCCAGAACAGGGGCGGAGAUGAAGUGAACCCUAUUGGUCAGGAAUGCUGUUCCUGGAAAGCCAUUGUUCCUCCACUCAAGGACAGCCAGAAUGCCCACACGCGAAUCCAGCAUUCAUUGGCAAGCCAGACAUAAAGCCCCCACUCCCCCUUCUGCACCAACUAAAUACCCCCAUGGAAAUUACAAAUCUGAGCAGGAUCUGCCUAUCAGAAUAAUCUAUUUUUUCGAAUCUUCUCUGAGGACAUCUAAAAAUGAAACCAUAUUUUUCUUGAACUCCCAUCCUCUUCUUCAUUGACAGAUAUUAGAAUGUGAGAUAGAUGAGUGGAAUAGAGUUCAGAAACUGAGUGACAGAACUGGGGAUCGAACCUGUGCCUCAAGGGGUACCUGCUGUCCGCAGGCGGCAGCACUACCAAAACACCAGCCCUAAGCACUCUUCUAUUUCUUUGUUUCCCUCCACAGAGGUGUUAAGGCCGUACGUGGGUGCUGACGCCCAGUGCCUGGAGCUGUUUGCCAGAAGCCUACAGCCAGGAUGGACCAGCUGGGGCAACGAGGUGAUCAAGUUUCAGCAUGUCAGUUAUUACACCGUGGAGCCUACAGACAAGCCCACAGAUGAGCCUACAGACGAGCCUACAGACAAGCCUACAGAUACGACUACAUAAUCCUAACUUGAAGAGCCCUCUCCUCACUUCUCUCUACCUCCUCCAACACCGGACUAAUCAUCACAGUUUAAUAGCAUACCGUCGAAGCUUUCCACAUCAAAAUCCCAUUUCGUUUUCAUAAAGUCAAGGAGCCCCUGAAAUCUCUCCAUCUCCUUUGAUCUGUUAUUUUCUUUCAUUUGGGACUCUUGAUUUGUGUUUCUGGGUCGUAGUAUGUUGGGGGGUGGUGACUCACCGAGCCGGUGAUGCGAUGGAGGGUAGAUGAAAGUGCAUUGCUCCGGAGCUCAGAUCAAGGUUGAUGUUUCGAGCUGAAGCUAAUAGCGUAUAGCUCUGUUAUGUUCAGACACACAACUGUGUGUUACCUCAGAGCGGUGUGUUGUGCAUUGAUGAUGGAGCAUUGCUGGCAUAAUGUCUGGUUGAAUAAUUAUCGAAGUGUACGUACGUGGUUUUAUAAUGUGCUGAAAUGUGUUAGGUAAUGUGGAUCUAUUUAAAUCGAAGAGUUGAAUAAAGAAACCAAACUUUGUGGUGAGUUUUGUAUCAGUCGACCCAACCAGCCAUAGAUGGUCAUAGAUGCUCUGAUUGGCCAUAGAUGCUCUGAUUCUGUGAG